AUGACCUCGAAGCACAAGCCCGGUCCCAUCCAGGAACGACAAGCCCGGUAUCUUGCUUUUGGCCUGUACUCCCACGGUAACCAAUAUGGCGUCACUAAGCAUACUCAAGCCUUUCCGGAAGUGACCAAGUUUGUCCUCGCGUAUUUGCAACACUGGAGCCCUGAACCCCUUCAAUGUACCUCCUUUGUUGUUAACGAUAACUGCCACCUGAAGAUCCACCGAGAUGUGCACAACCUCCCAGGAACGUGGAACUACAUCAUAGGUGUAGGAAGCUUUCAAGGGGGAGAGUUGUGGGUGGAGAGUUCAGAUGAGGAAUUGAAGGCUCCAGGCCAGCAAGGAUUUCGAAGGUUGCACAAGGGACAAUGGUUGAAAGGCCAGAGGUUUGAGGUAAGGGAGCAAGUGGUGAAGUUUUCGGGACAUAAGUGGCAUGGAACACAGGAGUGGAAGGGCGACAGGGAUGAAGAAGCUAUCAAGCGUAAGCUGUAUCUGCUACAUGCGGCGACCGGCCAUGGAAGCAUUCGGAACAUGAUCGAAGCCCUGAAGCGCCGCAAUGCGGACCCCAAAAUCCUGGAGAUAGCUAAACAGUUUCGACACUGGACGCAUCCUACGACCGGAGAGCAGCAAAACUUCAUGGUGAUAGUGGAUGAGGGCUCUAGGCUGGAUACAACACUUCGGACAGCCGAAGACACUGAGGGGAUCUACUUGGAUAUCAUUCCCGGGGAGGCGCAUUGGCAGAUUGGAGUAGCUGAGCAGGCUAUUCAAGGACAGUGUGUGAAACUGCCCGGAUCAGAGGAUGCCGGGACGAUCCUCAACAGCCCGGUGGAGGACUUUCGGCGAGAGGCAGAACUGCGGGCAGCCGCAGAGAAGGCACUGGCAGAGUGGAAUGCUCAACAGCGAAUCCAACGAGCUCUGAACUCUCGGUCGCGACCUGAUUGCGUGUACCAACCCGGAGAUCUGGUGUAUUUCUGGAGGACACAAGAAUCUAACAAGAGCAAGAAGCAGCCUGGAACCAAUCAAGGACGCUUCCUAGGUCCCGCGCGAGUGCUGGCCAUGGAAACGAGGCAGGAUGCAGAGGGCCAACGACGACCUGCCCACGCUAUCUGGUGUGUGCGUGGCCGGAGCCUGAUUAAAUGCAGCCCAGAACAGCUAAGACCCGCCAGCCAGCGGGGGGAGUUGGUGGAGGCCCUCACGGACCAAACUUCGACGCCCUGGACGUUCACCCGUCUGGUCGAGGAAGUCGGCGGAAAUCAAUACCAAGACGUGUCUGCUGAGGUUCCUAGUGCAGAGGAGUGGGCCAGAGCCCAGGACCCAAGGCAGGAGAUUCAGCCCGCGCGUCACCGCAUCACCACAAAGAGGCCAGCGACUGAUGUGAGUCAGGGCGACUCAGAGAUGGACGAGGACCAGGAGGCGGGUACAAGCCAGCCAAGCUCUCUUCGACGUCUAGAACCGGCAGAACCUCAACAAGGCAUGCACACACAAGCCAGUAAAUGGUGGGAAGAAGUGAAGCAGACAGCCUGGUUAGCCGAACACACUAGUUUCUGGACGGAUGAGAAAGCAGCAGUGGAGGUGGCUAUAGACGUCCCGCAGAGCCGUCGGGGACUCGAAACCAUGACACGAGAUCUCCAGAACUACUUCGUGGGAGCCUUGAAGAGGAAGGCUGUGGAAGUGAGUGAGCGCCGGCUUUCGCCGGCCGACCGGGAACGCUUCCAAGAAGCAAAGAGCGUGGAAGUCCGCAACUUCAUUGCGGCGCAGGCGUUUGAAGCACUUCCCGACGAGCUCAAGCCAAGCCGUGAACAAGCCGUGGGUAUGAGGUGGAUACUCACCUGGAAGGUCCGAGACGACGGGGGGGUCAAGCCAAAAGCACGUGCAGUGCUUUUAGGCUACCAGGACCCCGGCUACGAGCACCGAUCAACUACAUCUCCAGUAAUGACCAGGCAGACCCGACAGCUGAUGCUACAAUUAUCUGCCAACAAAAGAUGGCGACUGAUGAAAGGAGAUGUGAGCGGGGCGUUUCUGCAAGGGAGAGCCUACCCCUCAGAGCUCUACUGCAUUCCCUGUGACGAGAUCUGCCAGGCAAUGGGACUGGCGCCUGGGUCGAUUACCCGCCUGAAGCGGGCAUGCUAUGGUCUCGUGGAUGCCCCGCUGGAAUGGUACAAGACGGAGCGUUUCAAGUGGGGAGAUUGGGACAAGGAUCAGUUUACGCAGUGUGGCGUGCAAGUUGCCCCGACUACUGACCUGGAGAAGUCGAAGCUAAGAGCACUUCUAGGACUCAUGCUCUCGGAAGUGAAUCAUUCCACGGUAGAGACGAUAGUCAAAGCCAACCUCCUCCUUGAGCACACUAAAGCCCGCAAGGAUCAUAAGAUGCUGAUCACCCGUCAGGAAGGCGAGACACACUUCUACGCAUGGGUGGACGCGGCUAACCAGAAUAGGAUUGACGGGGGAAGCACUCAAGGGAUCUUCAUAGGGGCUUCUUCAGAUGCCUUGUUGAAGGGUGAAGUGGCGGCUAUCAGCCCCGUGAGCUGGCACUCUACUAGGAUUGACCGUGUGUGUAGGAGUCCAGGGGCGGCAGAGACUGCCGCAGCAGUCAACGGUGAGGACACGUUGUACUACGUGCGCUACCAGUGGUCCGAGAUGGUCUACGGCAAGCCCGACCUCAGGAAUCCGGACCGGAGCGUGGCGAAGGUUCCCGGUUGUGUGAUCACCGACUCACGCAACGUCUACGACAAACUGGCUACAGCAAUGUUCAGCAUCAACGGAGCCGAGAAGAAGGCCAACAUCGAGCUGAUGGGACUAAAAGCCGCACAAGAGUGCACAGGAGUUCUUCUACGAUGGGUCCACUCGGAAGCGCAGCUCGCCAAUGCUUUGACGAAGGCCCAGGAGCACAAGGAGCUGGAGCUGUACUACAGGAUGCAACAUCAAUGGCGAAUUGUGGAGGAUGCGGAGAUGAAGUCCGCGCGGAAGCGAAAGAACGAAGGUCUAGAACCCCUGCAGCAGACGUCUAGCGAGGGAAGCAAGUGA